ACGCGGUCGCAGAAGGCUGUGUGGGAAGCCUGGGGAGCAGGCUCAUACCCCACCGGCUCACCUCCUAGGGAGCCAGCCUCCAUCCAUCCAUCGAUCGGGCUGCAGUUGUUUGAUUUUUGUGGUCUUCUCUUUUUAACUCGUGCGUUUUAAAGGCUCUUAGAGCUUCCUGAGGACUCCCAGUCAUGGAUGUAGUGCAGCCGGACGACCUGGAACAGUCCUUUUGCUUGGCCAGGAGGAGACAUGCGGAGCUGUGCAGGCAGAACCAGAUCUUCAACGCCAGGAACAGGAUCCUGGGGGGAGAUACAAAAACCUGGGAUAUUCAGGUGUGUGACCAGAAGAUAAGAGAAGCCACUGAAAAAGCCAGACAUGAAACGUUUGCUGCUGAACUGAGGCACAAUGACAAAACCAUGUGCAUCUUAGAGAACCGGGAAAGAAGGGGCAGGCGGAAUCUCCGCAAAGCUCUCAUCGACUUCCAGCAGAGCUUCCAAAAGCCGGAGAUGCGCCGGGAAUUUGACCUGUCGGACCCCCUCGUCCGCAGGGGCGAGUUCCCAGCACGGCAGUUAGAUAACGAUGUUCGGAAUACAGUGUCGGGAAUGCAGAGGUUCAUGGGAGAGGAUUUAAACUUCCACGAGAGGCAGAAAUUCCAGCAGGAACAAAACCGAGAGUGGUCCUUGCAGCAGCAGAGGGAAUGGGAGAAGGCUCGGGCCGACCAGAAACGCGCAGAGGAGCGCUACACGGAGACCAGGCUGCAGUUCGAUGAAACGGCCAAGGACCUGCAGACCCGGGAACACGCCGCCAGGAAGGCGGUCUGUGCGGCCGUGAAAGAAUUCAACAAGAUGCAGGCCUCGGAGUUGGCGGAGAGGAAAAGUCUAGAGAAAAAACAAGAACAAGAGGACGACCUGGCCCACAUCUCCAACCUGCUGCGCGGGGACCUGCUCUCCGAGGACCCGCAGCAGGCGGCCAGCUCCUUCGGGCCCCACCGCGUGGUCCCCGACCGCUGGAAGGGCAUGACCCAGGACCAGCUGGGGCACAUCCGCCUGGUUCAGCAGCAGCAGAUGCAGGAGAAGAUGAGGCUCCAGGAGGAAGAGCGCCAGCGAGACGGGGACUGGGACCGGCAGAGGGUGGAGAGAGCCCGCGCCGCUGUGCUGUGCGAGCGGCAGCAGCGGCGGCAGCAGCGCGACCUGCGCCGAGCCCUGGACAGCAGCAACCGCAGCCUGGCCGCCGAGCAGCUCCUGCAGAAAAAGUACAUGAAGGAAGUCUGUACCAACCACGCCUCGGACGAGUACUUCACGCAGUUCAACACCCGGAGUCGAUGAUGAGAAAGACACCCCCCGCCCCCCAUCAUUCAUAUAAACGCCGCCGCCUUGGAGAGUCACAUUCAUCCCAAAACACACGCACCCUGCCGUACCCCAAAGGCUGCAGUGUGACUAACGGCCAGGGCAUAUACCUAGGUUGAGGGUUCGAUCCCCGAUCGAUGUCUCUCUCACUGGUGUUUUUUUCUCUCUCUCUCUUUCUCUCUCAAAAAUAAAAAAACAUAACCUCAGGCGAAGGUUAAAUAACAAACUA